CGUGCACGCUUGUGGCAUGUAGGGAGCGAUCUGAAGCUUUCGCGAAGAGACGUCCAGAUCUCUUGGCGUGCAUCAUCGGUCAGGAACAAGGGUCCGAUGUCUCGAUGCAUCUCACUCGCAAAGAAACCGCCACUUGCGCGUUCUCACUACCUAUCCGCGCAUAUCGCAUGCUUCACAUCACAGUCCCAACCUUCACCAACGACACUUAACCAUGGCGGAAGGACACACAACGCCGCCGCGAGCAACUCGCUCAGCGGGCAGGCUGCCACCAAACCCGCCGACGCCAGAGCAGAUUCGCAGGAUGGAAGAAGCCCGCCUCAAAGCCAAAGCGGCCGCACAACAAAUCCAAGCCUCAAGACCCUCUCCCGCCCCCGUCGCCGGCACAAAGCGCCCAUACUCGUCCAUGACAGCCGCCAACACGCCCUCCAACUCUCGCAACGCCGCCGCCGCCUCUCCACACAAACCCGACCAAAAUGGCUUCAUCCAGCCCCCAUCGAACAACUACAUCCAGCCUGCGCGCAAGGCGGCGCGAUCAGACUACAUCGAUUACGACUUCAGCAAGAUGACGGACACAAAGGGCGGUUUCCUCAGCACCGUCGACGACCCUCAUAACAAGGCCAUGUGGAAAGGCCAGCCCCGAGAAGAGCAGAAGCCAGAGGGCAUGACAAUAGCAGAAUGGGAGCGCGAGCGCGUGCGCCGCAAGCUAAGAGAAGCGCGCGCCGGCCCCUACGAACCGGGCAUCUCGAUCCUCAACACGAUCAACGGCAAAGAAGAAGAAGAGCUCUCCGACGCAGCGCUCCUCGAAGCCGCCGAAAACGACUCGGGCCCCUACCUCGGCAAAUACGGCGACGGCAAGCGCGACAUCAAAGGCAAAUGCCGCGAAUGCGCCUCGCUAGAAAUCGACCACAAAUGGCAAGACGUCUUCGCCAUCAGCGUCUGCAGCGCCUGCAAAGACAAAAUCCCAGAUAAAUACUCCCUCCUCACAAAGACAGAGGCCCGCGACGACUACCUCCUCACCGACCCGGAGCUCAAAGACGAAGACCUCCUCCCGCAUCUCGAGCGCCCGAACCCCCACAAACAGUCCUUCCACGCCAUGCAGCUGUUCCUGCGCCUACAGGUCGAAGCGUACGCCUUCAGCCCCGCGAAAUGGGGCAGUCCCGCUGCCCUCGACGAGGAGUACGAGAAGCGCAAGGUGGUGACCAAGGCGCGCAAGGAGAAGAAGUUCAAGAAUAAGCUCGAGGAUCUGAAAAAGAGGACGCGUGUGGAGGCGUAUAAGAGGGCGAGGUUGGCGGGUGGGCAGGAGGCGCAGUUUGGACAGAAGAUUAAGGGACGGUAUGAUAGGCAUGAGCAUGAGUGGGGGCGGAGUGUGCUGGAUCCUGAGACUGGGAUGACGAAGAAGAGGUGUGGGGAGUGUGGGAUGGAGGUGGAGGAGUUGGAGUUUUAGCUGGCUUUUUAUCUAUGGUGGGUGGGAAUGUUAUACCCGGAUAUACAGAUAUGUUAAUAUCUUUCUUCGUUUACAUAGACGAUACCCAGGAAAAUAUGCCACGAGGCAGUGUUCUGGAUUCGAAUUUACUCGACCGUGCAAUAUAUCACUGUCAGCA